AUGGUAGUCUCCUUCGGUACCCUUAUUCCACUGUUGGCAGGUGCUGCACUGAAAGCGACACCUGCCGCGGCCGGACUAACGACCGCCGUCGGUGCUGCCAUCAGUGCCGCCACAGCCGUGGUCGGUGUCGGCAAGCUAGCGAUAGUACCAAUUCUAAUCGCAUCACUCGCGUACUAUAACUACGAUCUGUUCGAUCCGGAGAAUCGACCGUUUAAUGUGCCGGAGGUGGACCGAGACUAUGACUUUAUCGUUGUCGGUGCGGGCUCAGCCGGUGCUGUCGUUGCUUCGCGCCUAUCAGAGAUAGGCGGCUGGAAGGUACUGCUGCUAGAGGCGGGCGGCCACGAGACCGAAAUCUCCGACGUUCCCAUCCUGUCGCUUUAUCUGCACAAAAGCAAGCUGGAUUGGAAGUACAGAACCCAGCCACAGAAGACGGCAUGUCAAGCGAUGAAGGAUAACCGGUGUUGCUGGACGCGAGGCAAGGUACUCGGUGGCUCGUCCGUGCUCAACACGAUGCUGUACAUUCGCGGCAAUAAGCGCGACUUCGACCUGUGGCGGGCACUGGGCAAUCCCGGCUGGGGCUACGAGGACGUUCUGCCGUACUUCCGCAAAUCGGAAGACCAACGGAAUCCUUACCUGGCACGCAAUAAACGACAGCAUGGAACAGGAGGGCUGUUGCAAGUACAAGAUGCUCCAUAUUUGACACCGCUCGGUGUGUCCUUCCUGCAAGCCGGCGAAGAGAUGGGGUAUGAUAUAGUGGACGUUAAUGGCGAACAGCAAACCGGAUUUGCCUUCUUCCAGUUCACGAUGCGCCGUGGUACGCGUUGCAGCACUUCGAAAGCUUUCAUACGUCCGGUGCGCAACCGUAAAAAUCUGCACGUCGCACUAUUCGCACACGUGACCCGCGUCAUACUGGAUCCAGAGUCAAAGCGUGCGCUCGGCGUGGAGUUCAUACGCCACGGUAAAAAGCAACAGGCCUUUGCAACGCGUGAGGUGAUUCUCUCUGCCGGUGCUAUCGGAACACCACAUCUACUGAUGUUGUCCGGUAUUGGACCACGGGAAAAUCUCGAGCGCGUUGGUGUGCCUGUAGUGCAUGACUUACCCGGUGUGGGACAAAAUCUGCAGGAUCAUAUUGCCGUCGGUGGAUUGGUUUUCCGAAUCGAUCAACCUAUUUCGGUUAUUAUGAACCGUUUGGUUAAUCUUAAUUCGGCUCUGCGAUAUGCUGUCACAGAAGACGGUCCACUGACGAGCAGUAUCGGACUGGAGGCGGUAGGAUUUAUCAGCACGAAGUAUGCUAACCAAUCGGACGAUUGGCCAGAUAUUGAGUUUAUGUUGACAAGUGCAUCGACGCCAUCGGACGGUGGUGAUCAGGUGAAGAAAGCUCACGGACUUAAGGAUGAAUUCUACGAGGAUAUGUUCAGCUCUAUCAACAAUCAGGAUGUUUUUGGCGUCUUUCCAAUGAUGCUGCGUCCUAAAAGCCGAGGAUUCAUCCGUUUGCAGUCUCGCAAUCCUCUGCGAUACCCGCUGCUCUAUCACAACUAUCUCACCCAUCCGGAUGAUGUCGGCGUCCUGCGCGAGGGAGUAAAGGCAGCGAUAGCGUUCGGCGAAACGCAGGCUAUGAAACGGUUCGGUGCACGGUUCCACAGUAAACAGGUGCCAAACUGUCGUCACUUGCCGGAAUUUACCGACGAAUACUGGGACUGCGCCAUUCGGCAGUAUACGAUGACGAUAUAUCAUAUGUCUGGUACCGCAAAGAUGGGCCCUCCGGACGAUCCGUGGGCGGUCGUCGAUCCAAAGCUGCGUGUCUACGGCAUUAAAGGACUGCGAGUUAUCGAUGCCAGUAUAAUGCCACGCAUAACGAGCGGUAACAUCAAUGCACCAGUGAUCAUGAUCGGUGAGAAGGGUGCAGAUCUGAUCAAAGAGCUUUGGUUGCAGAAGGGAUACUCACGAAGAGGAAAGCGGCAACAAUUUGCCAACGAAACGCUAUCCACCACGACCAACCAAACGGAAUUAUUUGAGUCAGUAAACGCAACCACAACCGCCGUACCCUGUACCAACGAAACUGUCGUAAGCUAA